AUGGAUGCCAGUGUUCAACAAAGGCACGCAUUGGGAGGAGGCCUCCUUCGCAAUACGGAUGUGAACCUGGUUUUCGCCUUUUACAAGGAAUUCAGCGAGUCAAAUGCUUUGAUGGCUGAAAGUCUGUCAUUGAUGCAUGGUCUUUUAUUACGCUUGGAAAGACAAGUCCAAAACUUGCUGGUAGAGGUAAACUCAGAGACUCUUGUUCGCUUACUCCUUUCUAGGGUGGUAGGCAAAUGGCCACUCUUUAAUGUUCUUAGAAGAAUACGUGGUCUGCUUUCGGACUCCUCUUCAUCAAUAAGGCAUGUUUAUAGGGAAGUUAAUAGUACAGCGGACAAGCUGGCCAGGCAGGUCUGCGGCUGCCGCACGAUAAUUUCUCUCCCUCCUACCUACAUCUUCCUGAGUCGGUUAGAACAUCGCAACUUCUAG